AUGGAAGAGCAGGCGGACGCUAAAAGCCAGCGCGACUCGGUUCCGACUCCAGUCAGCGGGAGCAGCGGCAGCGGCAGCGGCAGCGAUGGCGAGAGCAUUCCGGUGUCUCCCAGCGGCCACGCUCCCUUGUCUCCCGCCGCGCCUUGCCUCGUGCCUCUUCCCCAUCACCCGCACCAUCACCACCACAGCCACCACCAGCACCACCACCACCAGCAGCAACAGCAUCAGCAGCAGGCGCCUCCAACCCCCCAGCAGCAGCCGCGGCCGCCGCCGCCUCCGCCGCAGCACCGCACCACUAACUUUUUCAUCGACAACAUCCUGAGGCCGGACUUUGGCUGCAAGAAAGAGCACCUCUUGAUCCUCGCCGGCGGCCCCGCGGCGGCCGGAGGAGGAGGAGGGGGGGGAGGAGGGGGAGGCAGCGGCGGCGGCGGCGGCGGCGGCGGCGGCCGGGACAGAGACCUAGAUCGCGCGGCCAGCUCAGGUAGAGAAAAUGUCAGCCCACUGCUCAUCAGGCCCCUCAACCCGGCCUCCUCUCUCCUUAGCGCCGACUCGCCCGGGAACCCCGACAGCUCCUCCACGGUCUCCAAAGCGAGCCCCGCCACGGCAGCAGCGGUAGGGACGGCCAAGCCCCCCUCCACCACCACCACCUCCACCUCCUCCACCUCCUCCACCUCCUCCUCCUCUUCCUCUUCCUCCUCCUCCUCCUCCUGCUCGGAAGGGAGUGGAACUAACCCGGCGAAGUACGGGGAGCACGCCAACCCGGCCAUCCUCCUCAUGGGCUCCGGUAAUGGAGGAGCGGGGGCCACGGGCGAUUGUCAACAGCCGCUGGUUUGGCCGGCCUGGGUUUACUGCACUAGGUAUUCAGACAGACCGUCCUCGGGUCCCCGAACGAGGAAGCUGAAGAAGAAGAAGAACGAGAAGGAAGACAAGCGGCCGCGCACAGCGUUCACCGCCGAGCAGCUCCAGAGACUCAAGGCGGAGUUCCAGGCCAACCGCUACAUCACCGAGCAGCGGCGGCAGACUUUGGCCCAGGAGCUGAGCCUCAACGAAUCGCAGAUCAAGAUCUGGUUCCAGAACAAGCGGGCCAAGAUCAAGAAAGCCACCGGCAUCAAGAAUGGCCUCGCCCUUCACCUCAUGGCCCAAGGACUGUACAAUCAUUCCACCACCACCGUGCAAGACAAAGAGGACAGCGAGUGA